UUGAAAUGGUUUGUGAAAAUGUCUGUUAAAUUAAAUAUGUUGAUUGUCUAGAAGUUAAUAAUGCUGGGACUAGUUUGAAAUGAACUCUGCAUUCGAAUCAAUUUAUACAGUGUGGGAUUGGAGUAAGAAGAGUGGAGGACAAGUUCUGAAUAAUUGGAUUCAUCCAUCUUGCGGGAGUAGAGAUAUUGGGGUUCAGACCCAAAUUCAAGGUUUAAGCAAGGAAGUGAUCUCAACAACAGUUGCAGAGAUGCCAGUUUCAAGUUUUGUCAGGAUUGCAGGACUCUCGGGAGCACUUGCUGUUUCCUUAGGGGCAUAUGGUGCGCAUGUGCUCUCUGUGGAUCCUGACAAUGCAAAGCUGCGCGCAACCUUUGAUACUGCAAACAAAUACCACCUUGUUCAUAGUGUGGCGCUUCUUGCUGUUCCACUAGCUCGAGUGCCUAGGUUGUCUGGAUCACUGUUUCUAAGUGGAAUGGUUGUAUUUUGUGGAACAACUUACUAUCAUGCCCUAACCCAAGAUACAACAGUUAGGCAAUACACACCAUAUGGGGGAGUUCUUCUCAUCCUGGCAUGGCUGUCUCUCAUUCUGUAGAUCAAUGGGCAAUCUUAGUUCAUUUUAGUGUACAUUUGGAGAUCAUUGGAGAAUGAAGGGUUCUCAGAGAACUUUUAUGAUCACCUUAUUUCUUCAUUGAUCAAAGAGACUCUUUGAGAUUCCUGAGUGAUCAUAGAUAUCUCCAUUUUUAUUUAGUUAUAGAUUUCCCGUAAAGAUAUUGGGAAACAUAAAAUGUAUUGAAUAGUUCUGUUUAUAAGCUUCCUAUGCAGAUUGCUAUAGAGAAACAAGACCGGUCAUUUAUGUCUUUAAACCAAUAACCAUUCUAUCUUCAAGUAGAAUGAAAUGAAUGCAAUAGAAGCUUGUUAGGGCAAUUUCCAAGAAGAAAUUCUAACCAUGUUCAAUUUGGAGUGCCAUGGUCCCGUGCUCAAGUAACUCAAGUAAUGUUUAUACUGCCUUAGAGACUGAAAAUGACCCCUGAAUAAGAAGUUUGCUGUUUGAUAGUUGGAUUAUCGCAGAUUGGAUUUUCUUGCUCUUAUCAAAUAUCAAUGACCAUGAUGAGUGCUGAAGACUUCUGUGGUACCUGUGCAGGCGUUAAAGGACCAGGUUCAUUGUAUGUCCUGUUUUGGCAUGGCAUGUAAUUCCACUGAAAGAUUGUUGUCUUCUGAGAUGGUGGACUAGGCUUUCCGACAUUUUUAACGCUAUUCUUGUGUUUAAGGCUUCUAGCUAUUUACUGGUCAAAGCCAUGUACCAGUCCAGUAUCCUUUACUGCACUUUUGUCCUCAACAAACUUCCUACUCCUCUAAGCCACAUGUACCAGUCCAGCACAGCCUUCUUCCUACCUAACCAGAUUUAAUCAAACUAAAUAUUCCAGACUUCUUGAGAUCCACCAUACUGAAAUCACCUCACUUUUCCCUCAUUUCUUCUCCUUGCCAUUUUACCUUAUGAAACCUCCUCCCAGCAGACGCCCUGCUAUAUGCAAAAAGCAUAUAUUUGUGUGGACUAAGUAGAAGUUGGCUCUAAGAGUUUCUCUCCUUCAGUGUCUGAUGUUGCCCUUAGGGCUAUGGUUUACUCAGGUUCCUGGAAUCCCUACUUCUGGUGUGCUUACAUCCAGGGUUUAAUAAUAGAACAUGCCCUAGGCGAUUAACAUCAGACAACCCCAGGCGUGGUUGCACAUAUGUAUUUCUUAGGGGAAGUACUGAGGGGUGUGACUUGCCUGAGGACCAGAAUACCCCCAGCAGUUUGUCUUUAAUAAAUAAAAAGCUGGAGCUGUAAAUGGAGAAUACAAUCUCUUCAGAACCUCAACUACCUAUGGACCAACUCAGCUUAAAAUGUAAAAAUAAUAGUUGUAGAUCUGCAAGGGAACUGACAUGGAAACCCCAGACUGCAUGGUGUGUUGCAUCAACAUGCAACCUGAAAUUAUCUGGGCUAGCACACAAUUUUCAACGCCCGUGCAUUAGUAAUACAAUUCUGGUGGCUAGCAGCCACAUUUUACAUUUAACACUGCACAGUUUUAGCGGAAAUCUAGUGGAGAUUUAGUAUGUAAUUCCACGGAAAGAGUGCUAUCUCAUUGUCAUGAGUGUGGUAUGAAUGUUAUUAGUAUGGCCUAAUGAUAUGAACAAAAUUGAUGCAACUAUCCCUUUACAGUUUCAGUGGAGAUCUAGUUGAGGUUUACUAUGUAAUUCCACGGAAAAAGUGCUGUCUCAGAGUGGUCUCAUUAUAAUUGCCUGCUAGCAAACAUGCCUUCCUGGAUAGUGAAGAACAUAAAUAUUCAUCCUGGGCCUUUAUUUUGGGAGGAGGAAGGAUGGACUCUCCACUCUAUAAGCUGAGCAGUGAACCAUCUACUUCCCCUGAAAUUAUCUGAAUAACCUUUCUGUUUCAUUCAUAGCCUACAGGAUAUGAUACUUUGACUGUAGGUUGAAUAAUAAUAAUAUUAAUAAAAAUAAGAAAAGGGAAAUAUUUAUUGACUUCCAUAGUUAUAUUGGUUGGAUCAGAUAUUCACCAAUACAAAACAAGCUUUCUAAUUCUUAAGAACUGAACGAUGAUUUUGUAGAAAAACAAUGAAAUAUAUUUCCUACUUUGAA